UUGGAGAAGAGGAGCUAUGGAUACGGUGCGUCUGGUGUGCUUUGCGCUGAGCAUCUGUGCUUGGUUCGCCUCUGCGGAGAGACACAGCGUCUACUGGAACAGCUCUAACCCAAACUUCCUAUGGGAUGAGCACACAGUAGAAGUGCGCAUCAACGACUAUCUGGACAUCAUCUGCCCCCACUACACCCACGGCGAGGUGUCAUCGCAUGCAGCUGAGCGCUAUGUACUGUACAUGGUGGAGAAGGAGGACUACGACGUGUGUAAACCUCACUCCUUCGACCAGCUCCGUUGGGAGUGCUCACGACCCUUUGCUCCCCACGCUCCGGAAAAGUUCUCUGAGAAAUUCCAGCGCUUCACACCCUUCACCUUGGGCAAGGAGUUCAGACAGGGAGAGAGCUAUUAUUAUAUCUCCAAGCCAAUGCAUCACCAUGGCCAGGAUUGUCUGAAGCUAAAGGUGGAUGUUGUCGGGCAUAAAGGUUCUGGAAAGACCCAUCCAGACAAAUCCAAGGCAGAAGAGACAGAGAAAAAUAUCCAUGGAGGAAAAGUGAAGUUCCCUGCUGGAGGAGCACACAACCCCUCUAACCGGCUCCCAGCAGAUGACCCUGCUGUCAUGGAGCCAAAUGUUCAGAGGAGUAUCGGCAGUUCAGGAACACAGCUGGUCUCCUUGUCAAUCUUCUCUAUCGUGAUCUCAGUCUUGUUAUCCUUGACGCUACACUAAGGCUUGCUGGGACGCUAUCACAGAGACAAUGCUAAAACCUAAUGCAGGUCAUUGGGACCAUAAAGACUCAGAGAUUUUUUUAUACAUUUUUAUAUGAGCAUGGACAGUGUCGUGUGUGUGAUUGUGUGUUUGAUGUGUUUGUUUUGCGUGAAUGUGGAACGUUGAUCGUUCCAAAGAAGAGGACCUCAAAGAUGUUUUUUUAUUACUUCAUUCAAAGGACAGCGAUUCUCAUUUUUUGACCAUUUAAGAUACGAGCAAAACUGCAGCAAGCAACCUGAUCAAAAAUAAUGAUUCAUUAAUAUCAGAUUGAAAAUUACACAAGGAUUACAAUAUCCUCAAGAUCAUGUUUUCUUUUUCAAUUGUUCAUACCAUUGGUACAGUAAUUCCUCAGACUCUCACCUUCAUUUUUCUUCCUCUACAUGUAGAGAAAUGAUUAAUUAUGUGUUUUGGAAAUGUUGUUGGUAACUGCCAACGUUAUGUAGGAUUUUUGUCAUGUUGUUGUGUAGCACUCAGCUCCCGGUUACUCAAGUCUCUGUCAAAACACCACUGUGACUCCAAAAGACAAAAUACACUGGCAGACAUUGUUAAUUAGGUAUUUUAGUUUAAGUGCACCAUACAUAAAAUAUCUGACAAGUAAAUAAAGUAUAUAUUGGAUAAUGUUUAAAUACCACUUGUAUGGUUAAAAAGGCCAACUGAUCCAAAUGAUUCUGGAAUGAUGCCAGAAAAAUUGCAUACAUUAUUCAUGCCAUAAACCAUCACCAAUAUGUCAUUGUUGAGAGCCACGUCAAGAAAAUCAAACAGAUACAUUUUAGGGAGCUGAGCUUUUUUAGCGCUUACUAAAUCUCAAAUAUACUGUUGUGACAGUAUCAUGGUACACUGGCUGGUGAUUGCAGAUGUGAUCCAACUUGCAUGUUGUCAAACCUCAAAGUGAAGGGACUUCUAAGAACACAUUUUGUUUUCUUCUUAGAUAAACUUGUUAUCAUUUUGUAAAUGUUUAUAUGUACAUUUGUAGAUAUGAAA